AUGGUGCAGUGUUUUGCUUUUACUCUCUGUGCUGAGGCUGAGCUGUCCAUGCUCACAGUGAUGUCGUAUGACCGCUAUGUGGCCAUCUGCCUUCCACUGCACUAUGACAUCAUCAUGGAUGUCCACAAGUGUGCUCUCGGGGUUCUAGGUGUCUGGAUCAGUGGUGUCAUUUCUGGAACUAUGCACACAGCGGCCAUUUUCUCCAUGCACUUCUGUGGCUCCCAUGUCAUUCACCAGUUCUUCUGUGACAUCCCCCAGCUCCUGAAACUCUCUUGUUCAAAUGAGUAUAUCAGCGAUAUCGGGGUCACUGCCUUUCUAUCUUUUAUGGCCUUUCUUUGUGUCGUUUUUAUUGGACACUCCUAUAUCCAGAUAUUCUCUACUGUGCUGAGGAUGCCGUCUGCUGAGGGCAGAGCUAAGGCCUUCUCCACUUGCCUUCCCCACCUCGCUGUGGUCAUUUUAUUCAUUUCAACCGGCAUCUUUGAGUUUCUCAAGCCCCCUUCUGACUCUCCCAGUGCACUGGACAUUUUGCUGACUAUUAUGUACACAGCUGUGCCCCCAACAUUCAAUCCAAUGAUCUACAGCCUGAGAAAUCAAGCUAUGAAGGCAGCUUUAAGGAAGGUUUUCCAAAGAAGACAAGCCUGA